AUGGUUCUGUUCAUGCUGUUGGUAUUGCUGCAACUUCCUCAGGCCGUGUGGGGGGUGACUGUUGGACAAUGUCAUAUCAGUGACCCUCUUUCAGGAAAGCACAAGUACUAUCAGUCAGGAGACGUCAUAAUUGCUGGCAUUAUUUCUCAGAUCUACACAUUUUCCAACCCCAUCAUUUUCCAAAGACAUCCCUCUCAUGAAGUCCUUGAUGACCUCAUAUUCUUGACUCAGACCUACCAACAAAUCCUAGCCUUUGUAUUUGCUGUAGAGGAGUUCAAUGAAAAUCUACAGGGCUUAUCCAACCUCUCUCUGGGCUUCCACAUCUAUAACAGCCAUUUCACUGCGAGACAGACCUAUCUGGCUUCAAUGGAACUUCUCUCCACACGGGGCAGAUUCAUCCCGAACUAUAAGUGUGAUUUACAGGACAAUGCAGUAGCUGUUAUUGUGGGACCUAACUCAAAUGUGUGUCGAUUUGUGGCAACGAUUCUUUGUAUUUACAAAAUUCCACAAUUUGGAUAUGGCUCUGCUCCAGUGAUAAAUGAACAGACCCAAGGAGCUUUCUUCCAACGGAUGUUCCCUAGCGAGGACCACCAGGCUGCAGGAAUUCUCCAGUUACUGUUGCUUUUCAAGUGGACCUGGAUUGGGGUGGUUGUUAUAAAUGGUGACAGUGGAGAGAGAUUUGUACAGACAGUGCUUCCAGGAUUUUCCCAGAGCGGUAUCUGUUUUGAAUUUAUAGAAAAUUUGCCAACACUGUAUUUUACCACUGGCAUUGAUAAAAUGGUGGCUGAAUGGGUUGAUACAUACAAGAUUAUUAUCGGUGGUACGGCUAACGUUGUGAUUUUACAUGGCGAAAUUCAUACUAUGAUAUUUUUGAGAAUGUUUCCCCGGCUUUCAGAAUUUGAGGAUAUAACAAUGAAGACAAAAGUCUGGAUUAUGACAGCCCAGAUGGAAUUCACAUCAGUUCCACUUCAAAGAGAUUGGGGCAUUGACAUCAUCCACGGUGCUAUAUCCAUUGCAGUUCACUCAGAGGGAGUCUUAGGAUUCAAGAAAUUUCUUCAGAGGAGAAAUCCGACCUCAGAAAAAGAAGAUGCCUUUAUUAGGUUAUUCUGGGAGACAGCUUUUAACUGUUUGUUCCCCAAAACUGAGGUAGAAAAGAAGGUUGGGGAAAUCUGCACCGGGAAGGAGAAACUGGAGACCCUUCCUGGGUCGGUUUUUGAAAUAAGCCUGACUGGCCAUAGCUACAGUGUCUAUAAUGCAGUCUAUGUUGUGGCACAUGCUUUGCAAGCCAUGCAAUCAUCCAAAUUCAAGCACAGAACAAUGAUGAAGCAAAGAAGUCAGAAACCUCUGAAUGAACAGGCAUGGCAGCUGCAUCACUACUUUAAAAAGGUCUCAUUCAACAACAGUGCGGGGGAAAAGAUUUCCUUUGAUCAAAAUGGGCAAUUAUUUGCUGGAUUUGAUAUUAUCAACUGGGUGACAUUCCUAAACCAGUCCUUCCUUAAAGUGAAAGUUGGAAAGAUAGACCCCAUGGCUCCCAAAGAUAAAAUGUUGAGCAUGUCUGUGAAUGACAUCGUAUGGCCCAGCACUUUUAACCAGGUACAGCCCCUUUCUGUGUGCAAUGACUUUUGCGACCCAGGUUAUAGCAAAUCCAAGAAGGAAGGGGAGCCAUUUUGCUGCUAUGAUUGUCUUCCAUGCCCCAAAGGGAAGAUUUCUAACCUGACAGACAUGGAUUACUGUAUUCAGUGUCCAGAAGAUCAUUAUCCAAACAAAGGCCAGGAUAUGUGCAUUCCAAAGAAUAUCAGCUUCUUGUCUUAUGAGGAACCUUUGGGAAUCAUCUUGGGUAUCUUUGCUUUUUCCUUUUGUUUCAUCACCGCUUUGGUGCUUUGGAUCUUCGUUAAGCACCGGGACACACCCAUAGUCAAAGCCAACAAUGAGAACCUCAGCUACACUCUCCUCAUCUCCCUCCUGCUCGCCUUCCUUUCUCCAUUGCUAUUCAUUGGCCAUCCUCAUAAAGUGGUGUGUCUCCUUCAACAAAUUGCUUUCAGCAGCAUCUUCUCCAUGGCAGUUGCUUGCAUAUUGGCCAAAACGACCAUAGUGAUUUUAGCUUUCAUGGCCACCAAGCCAGGGUCUGUUAUGAGGAGAUGGGUAGGGAAAAGACUGGCCAUUUCGGUGGUUCUUUCAUGCUCCCUGAUUCAAGCCACUCUUUGCAUUGUGUGGCUGGCAACCUUUCCCCCUUUCCCAGAUGUUGACAUGAAUUCAGUACCCGAAGAAAUUGUAUUAGAAUGUAAUGAAGGUUCAGUCACCAUGUUCUACUGUGUCUUGGGUUACAUGGGCUUGCUGGCCAUUGUCAGCUUCACUGUAGCUUUCCUAGCUAGGAAGUUGCCUGACAGUUUUAAUGAAGCUAAGUUUAUCACCUUCAGCAUGUUAGUCUUUUGCAGUGUUUGGCUGACCUUUGUCCCAACCUACCUGAGCACCAAAGGAAAAUACACAGUGGCUGUGGAGAUCUUCUCCAUCUUGGCCUCUGGUGCUGGGUUACUGGGCUGCAUCUUUUCCCCCAAAUGCUACAUCAUAAUGAUAAAUCCUGAGUUGAACAACAGGGGGCAGCUAGUGAGAAGAAAGAAUGAACAAAUCUGA